AUGGCUGCACCCUACGAGCAUGAACGCCUGAUCGCCGAACUGGCAGUGCAGAGGGCCUCCCUCCUGACCAAACGAAUCCUCGCCGACAUCGACAAAGGCGCCUUGGAUAAAAGCGACCGCACUCCCGUCACUGUCGGCGACUUUGGCGCUCAGGCUCUGAUGAUCGGUGCCAUACACCACAACUUUCCCGAAGACUCCUUUAUCGGUGAAGAGACGGCCACCGCCCUACGCGAGAAUCCGCAACUACAAGCCCGUGUCUGGGACCUGGUCUCCACCACACAUCUGCAACAUGAAGAGUCGGAUAAACAAUUGGGGAGCAUUGCCUCGGCAGAAGACAUGAUGGACACGAUUGAUCUGGGCAAUCACCCUGGAGGCCGCAAAGGCCGCAUCUGGAUUCUGGACCCCAUCGAUGGCACCGCUACCUUUAUGCGCAACCAGCAAUACGCCGUCUGCUUGGCCUUGAUUGUCGAUGGGGAGCAACAGGUGGGUGUCAUCGGAUGCCCUAAUCUGGACAUCACCUCUGGCAAGAUCUCAGAGGAGAAUGCGGAUAAUUUGGGCAACGGGCAGAUGCUUUCUGCUAUCAAGGGCCAAGGUGCAUUCAUCAGACCCUUGAGCAAAGGGGCACUCCAACCAUCCAAGCCAAUAGAAAGACGCGAAGAUAUCUCCAGCGAUCCUACAACGCUCGAUUUUGUGGAGUCAGGAAACAGCAAAUCUGUCGACCUGGACUUCCAUCGCAAAGUAGCCGAGAAGCUGGGCGCCCCAUGGCCUGGUACCGACAUGUGGUCAUCGCAAAUGCGAUACAUUGCCAUGGCCGUUGGUGGAGGCGACGUCAUGCUGCGCUUCUACAGCAAGAAAGGUCACAAGUCUUACGUCUGGGACCAUGCAGGUGGCUUCCUGAUCUUCGAAGAGUCGGGCGGCAAGGUCACUGAUCUGGAUGGCAAGCCCAUUGAUUUUGGCGCUGGAAGAAGGUUCGAGAACAACAGUGAGAUGGUUGCCGCUCCCGGAAAAGCACAACCGCGUAUGCUGCAACUCGUCAAUGAAAUGCUGCACGCUUGA